CUUUGCCAGCCUUGUGAUCUCCUGCCCUUUUUCUUCUUCUUCCUACGUACGCAAUACCCUAUGCAUACCCCCCAAAAACCAUAGUGGCUGUGUACUUGACGCUCGGCCCAAUAGCAUCACCGCUACUAUGUGAAAUGGUCCAGUGGGCCUAGGCUGGCGGUGGCGUCAUUUUUGACGAUGGGAGAAGACGGCUCAAUGUCCAUCAACCUCCGUCGACUGUCCAGCUCACCCCGAAAGACUGUCCUUCUACGGACGAGCGAAGCAUUCCAGACCUUUCUCUUUCUCUCUCUCCUUCCUCUGAUGUCCUACUCGACCACGCUGUAUUUACCUUUGGUCUCGAGACCCUCGUUAAUUUGAUAUACUCUUCAGCUCCAGCUCCCGCCCACACCGACACGGACAUCAUCAUCACUGACGCGGAUGCGUCCAGCAGCGUCAUGACCUCCUCACUCAAGUCGACCCUCCACUCAGGCAUGAACAGCCCGUUGCAGUCCCACGAUGAUCUCUUCAAUGCUCCCCAGCGGAUCCAAGAGCUCAAACAUGACGAGACCGUCCUGACCCUUGCCGUCAGCGACAAGUACAUCUUCGCCGGCACUCAUACUGGAGAGAUCUUUGUCUGGUCGCUCGCCACCUUUGAGCUCGUCAAGCGCUUCCAAGCCCACAAGCGUCAUACAAUAUCUAGGUCCAUCUUGGUUUCCAGCGGUGGAGAUGCCCUGGUCUCCGUGUGGUGUCCAAAGACGUUCGCACGCCUGUACGAGAUCUACUGGCCCGAUCACAUCGGCGACGUCUUCUCGUGCGCCUACUCGACCCAGCAGGACACCGUCUACAUCGGCGCACAGAACACCUCGAUCCAAUGGGUGAAGCUAAGCGAUCCCAGCCGCCGGGUCCCUCAUGACAACCCAAACCACCCCGACCAGCGCAUAGACACUUUCUUCGACUCCAAGGCCAUCGGAGGGAAGAGCACACCUCGGAAGAGAGACGAGAGGGAGGCCUUGAUCCCCCCAGCGAACGAGACCCUCGAGGUCUACCGCUCAUCCAUCGGAAACCGUGCGCAUUCCGGCUUCAUCUACAGCAUGUUCAUCGCCAAGGGUCCUACCGUCCUCGUGGACCCCGAUGAAGAGGUGCUGAUCACUGGCGGUGGCGAGGGACGCAUCAAGCUAUGGCAGAUCAAACAGGACGAAAAAUAUGACGGCAUGGAGGAAUGGGAGGCUUGGGAGCACCGCGAGAUUAUGUGUCUCGGCGAACAAGACGCCCAGUCCGUUUUUCAUAUCGCCAUUGACGGCUCUUUUCUCUAUAGCGGCAAGAAGAGGGGCAUUAUUGAGCUGUGGGAUCUCGAUACCAAGCAGAAAUUGCGGGUCAUCAAGGACCAUCGAGGCGAAAACGAUCACUAUGGCGACAUCAUGUCCCUCCAGAUGGCCUGGGGCUACCUUUGGUCCGCAGCCACGACUGGAACGGUUGCAAGACACAGUACCGUCCACUCCAGAGCUUCCGAGAAGGUCAGCCAGAAGUAUCGGUGCCUCUCUCGUUGGCAGGCACACGAGGGAAAAAUUUUGUCGUCGGCGUGCACUACCUACCAGGGACACAACUACUACAUCACCGGUGCUAACGAUAACAAUCUCAGUGUGUGGCGCGUGGACGGGAUACGGGAAGAGGCCGAGGACAACCCAGACGAAUCCGAGCGUACCAUGCUCUCGUCGUUACGGGAGUUCGUUUCGUAUCGGACUGUCUCCGCCCGCCCAGAGUUCGCCGAGGAAUGCCGCCAGGGAGCCAGCUUUCUGUGCAACCUCUUUAAGCGGCUGGGCGCGCAGGUGAACAUGCUCUCCACCGAGAAGCUGCACAAUCCUGUCGUUUGCGCCGUAUUCAGCGGCAAGCUGGAGCCCGCGGAACGGCGUAAGCGCAUUCUUUUCUAUGGCCACUACGAUGUCGUUCCGGCAGACCGUGACGGCAAAAGCAAGUGGGCCACGGAUCCCUUCCAGAUGGAGGGCAUCAACGGUUAUCUCUAUGGCCGUGGCGUCAGUGAUAACAAGGGCCCCAUCAUGGCAGCGCUUUACGCCGUGACCGACCUGUUGCAGGCUCAGCAGCUCGACUCCGAUGUCAUAUUUCUCAUCGAAGGCGAGGAGGAAUCCACCAGUCGCAAUUUUCGCGAGACCAUCCGAAAGAACAAGGAUUUGAUUGGAAAUGUGGAUUACAUUCUUCUUGCAAACAGCUACUGGAUCGACGAUGAGACGCCGUGUCUGACCUACGGCCUACGUGGCGUUCUGCACGCCACUAUCUGUGUUGACAGCGCCUACCCAGACCUGCACUCCGGUGUGGACGGCAGCCACAUGCUGGACGAACCGCUUGCAGAUCUGAUGCAGGUGCUGACCUCACUGAAAGGGCCACGAAACAAGAUUAUGGUCCCACAUUUUUAUGAUGCAGUCCUGCCUCUCACGCCAGAUGAGGAGGCUCGCUAUGAGGAGAUUGUCAAGAUUCUCAGCCGCCGCAACCCCGAAAGCGGCACCGUCCAACAGCUCAAAUCGAGUCUAAUGGCACGGUGGCGCGAGCCUAAUUUGACAAUCCAUGGGACGAAGGUCUCGGGAGUGGACGAAAGUGUCGUGAGCAGUCAUGCGAGCGCCACCAUCUCCUUCCGCAUUGUGCCAGAUCAGCAGGUCGAUGAUAUUGUUGCGUCCUUGAAAGAGUACCUGCGGGCCCAGUUUGCAGAGCUCGAAAGCAAAAACACACUGACCAUCAAGAUCGACAACAAGGCCGAGCCAUGGCUGGGAGACCCAAAUAACCAGAUAUUCAAAACGCUGGAGGAGGCCAUCAUCAAAGUUUGGGGAGAGGAUGGUGGCAGGCGGAACAGCAGCAGCCCAGAGCGGGAUGCUGCUCCAGACGCUACAGAUCCAGAGGCUGGGCAUGGAGCGACUGGUCUUCCUGCCAAGGGUAGGAAGCCACUGUACAUUCGUGAGGGCGGCUCGAUCCCGGCCAUUCGCUUCCUCGAGAAGGAAUUUGGAGCCCCCGUUGCGCAUCUGCCUUGCGGGCAAGCAACUGAUUCGGCACACUUGGAGAAUGAGCGCAUACGGUUGUUGAAUCUGUUCCGCAGCAGAGAGAUCUUUGGUGAAGCAUUUCGCAGGCUUUGA